UGACAUCACAUGCCUGGAAUAAAUAAGAGGGGGGCUUUGACCAUGGCUCAGGACCACUCUGUCUUGGGACUUCAGCUUCUCAUCUCCUUUCUUUCCGCUCCUCCAGCUCCUAAUCUCCAAAAUGACCGAGUUCUCAGCGGACCAGAUUGAGGACUUCAAGGAGGCUUUUGGUCUCUUUGACAGAAUUGGUGACAGCCAGGUGGCCUUCAACCAGGUGGCCGACAUCAUGCGCGCUCUGGGCCAGAACCCCACCAACAAGGACGUCACAAAGAUCCUUGGCAACCCAUCCGCCGACGACAUGGCCAACAAGAGGCUCAACUUCGACGCUUUCCUGCCCAUGCUGAAGGAGGUCGACGCCCUCCCCAAGGGAACCUACGACGACUACGUUGAGGGCCUGCGCGUCUUCGACAAGGAGGGCAACGGCACAGUCAUGGGUGCUGAGCUGCGCAUCGUGCUGUCCACCCUGGGAGAGAAGAUGACCGAGCCCGAGAUUGACGCCCUUAUGGCCGGCCAGGAGGACGAGAACGGCAGUGUGCACUACGAGGCUUUCGUCAAGCACAUCAUGUCUGUGUAAGAGGCCAGCAGUAGGAGUGCUGAAGAAACUGUAGCUCGCCUACAGACAGCCCCGUCAGUGUUCAGGACAUCUACACUGUUCCAAAGACCAACCAAGGAAAGACAAGGACUUUGUACAAGGGAUGUUGAAGCAAACCCAUCUUGUUGUUUAUUUUGUUUUCCUUUCCAUUUCGUCUCAAGCCCUCCUCUCUCGGGACAUCACCAUCGCCACUUCUCCAUAGUAGACCCCAAUCACUCGGCCUCUACUCCCCAACUAUCCGGGGCGCGUUUCCAUUCCACCCGCCGCAUGGGGUGAGGAACGGGGGAGAAGGGGUGACCGCUCAUCAAGUGAGGGUAGAUCCCUCCCUUCCCACCGCCACCCCAUUCAGUCUCGCCAUCACUGGCCCCAGCAAUGCCAAAGGUGCUGGAGAGCGGCUGUGGAAAAAGACCGCCAGAAAUCUCCCCUAUUCCCUCAACAGUUUUAUUUAUUUACGCUGUUUAUUUCAGAAUAAACUUUUCCAACUUACAUCCCA